GUUCAAGAUAUUGAUGUGUUGAAGGUACUGAACUGUCUGUUCAAGUAGUUGGCACACAGUGCGGACACUCAUCGGUACAACACACAUCUCUUGACAGUCCCCAGGUUCUGAACAAAGGCUGGGAAAUGCACAGUAUUAAAUAGAGCCAUGACUACAUUGAACUCUCUGCCCCCCCAGGUAACUCAAGCUAGCAAUAAAACCAGAUUAAAAAAACAUAUAAAAGAACACCUUACUGCACAAAGGGGACUGUGAAGAGACACAGCCAUUUUAUUCAUCUUGUAUUGUAAUUUACACUGUAUUAUGUAUUAGACCUAAAUAUAAUGUGAAUGUACUGAUAUGUAGGCUAUGUGUGACGUUGUAAAUGUAUGUAGUUCAGUCCUUGACUAAUAAUGUUCUGUACUAUGUAUUAUGUCAUGUUUCAUGUGGACCCCAUGAAGAGUAGCUGCUGCUUUUGUAGUGGCUAAUGGGGAUCCUAUUAAAUAUCAAAUACCUCUGAGUGAUGGCGUUAGGACACACAAUUGCCAAGAUCUUCUGCAAAGUCUCUCUGUCUUUGCACAGUUUUGUAGUCUGCUGUAUGAUGUUGUCAACCCCUGGCCCAAUGGUGGAACCUGGCGUGAGGGGGGAACUCCAAGAAUGUUUUCUUAAAUGGCGGUGGCAGUUUAGACGGCGCCCAAAACGGCCUAAGGGCUGCCAUGGAGGCCAAAGAGUACAUUUUUGGUCUCAUUAGACCACAGAAUCUUUUGCGGUAUGAUCUAAGAGUCUUUCACGUCUUUUGGCAAACUAAAGGCAUGUGGUCAUGUGCCUUUUUCGCGGGAGUGGCUUCCGUCUGGCCACUCUCCCAUAAAGGUCAGAUUGGUGAAGUGCUGUAGAGAAUGUUGUCCUUCUGGCAGGUUCUCCCAUCUCAACCAAGGAACUAUGUAGUUCUGUCAAAAUGUGGAAUAAGUCUAGGGGUAUGAAUACUUUCUGAAGGCACUGGAAAGCACACACCCAGAUACCCACUUCUUAAAAGCCAACAUUUUCAAUUACCCAUUUAUUUUUUACAGACAACCAGAAACUGCAUAGCCAAUAGGUCUGCCCCUCCACCAGAUGUUUUAUUAGCUGUUUAUAUAUAAUUUUGUCCAAUGAGAAGGGGUAUUUUAAGAUGUACGAGUCCAUGUCAUGAUUUUGAGAUCCUGAUUUUCAAAUAAUGGCUACUCAUAGUUGCUUCUAAUUAUUUCUGUUCUGAAACUGGAAAUCUGUUCAGGGUCCCUGAAAUGUGAAACAUGUAUGUUAGUUUGAACAUCUGGACAUGGUAACUUAUCAUAAGUUCAACUGUUCAAAUGAAUCCACAAUGGUAAAGGUGGCAUAGAGAUAUCCUUGGUCCCCCACCAUGGAUUAUUCAAUUCUCUCUGUUGGAGAUGCAUUAGCCAUCUGAAUAAUGUGUCUAAACAAUAGUUUGGAUGCAAUAAAUGACCUUUGACUAGUUAAAAUGCAUUCUUUACUCAUCAAUUUACUGUUCAUCUAUAGUUUCAGUAAGCAGUAUUGAGGGUUCAUUACAUGGGCAGCAAUUUAGUGGACAAUGAAAAAAGUCAUACAUUUCAACGUAGCGCUGGGAUGAUAAACCUAAAAUUAUCGACACCAACCAAACUGACACUUAUCGUGGACAUUUAGCUGAUAUUGUUCAUUACGAUAAAUAAUCUAUAGGGCCCUACUAGAGAAAUCUGAAGUUUUAAAAUGAAAUAUGUUUAAUUAUUAAUAGGACAAUUGAUAGCAACAACAUUCGAAGUAGUAACGUAAACUCACCCCAUUCCGUACAAAUGUGCGUAACCGCAACAUUCAAACGAGGCUACAAAGAAAACUAAUGGGACUGUAGCGACUGUGUUGACUUCAAAAUCGGGGGUGUGAACUAGGUUUCUAUUCAAGCGUUGAUCGACAUGGUAAUGGCUCUAUAGUAUUGGAGAAAAGUUGAAAAAACGGAUCGUCUGUUACAUCGGGACGUGUCAUGUCGUAACGUACAGCACACCUAAAGCAACUAUUUCUGUCUUACAAUCUCUUUCCACCAGGUGUAGCACUUCUCUCAUCCUUUAAAAACAAGAAAUGGACAGUGACGGGGGUAAGGGGGGGAUACCUAGUCAUUUUUUGCGUCAUCAUUGCAUGCGAUCAUCAUUCUCAAAGCCGCUGUUUACUUCUAAGAUCACUUUAGCACCGCCCUAAACACCCGAUUCAAAUUCGACACAAACCUUCAAAUAGGUAUGUAAUGACACAUUAUAUAAACUCUUUAUAGUGUUUAAUUUACAUUUUAGAGGCGAUAAGGUGAUAUUUUGGACAGAUCGAGUGAAAAAAAGCAAUUUUCCCACACGACAUCUCUCCUUCUCACUAUCACGCAUUAGUUUCGCUUCCCCACCCGACGGGGCUCAUUGCCUGCUUGAAUUAUGUAGAAACGGGCAGUGUUUAGGUCAUGUAAUUGAUUCUGUUGGAAAGGGGAGAAAUUGUGCUUUACAAUGGUAUUGACUUUACAGUUGAUCUGGAAGUAUUACGUUUUUUGGGCGCUAAAAUAAGGGCAAUUGUACGGACCAAGGCGAUGUACGAGUUUACGUGAGUUUACGUUAGUAGUUUUCAGGGUAAUAUAAAAUAAUUACUGUGGUGCACAUUAUGUUCUAAACUUAUUGUUCAAUUUACCAUUAUUGUGAUAAUUCAGUACAUUUAUGCUAAUAAGGAUUGUUGUCCAUAUCGCCCAGCUCUAAUUCAAUGUGACUUCAGACCUGCCCAGAGUAUCCAUAUCCUCUUUGGGCUGUCCUUUGUCCUAAGCACAGAUCAGCUCUCACCUCAGAAUCUUAUUCGUUGAUGGCAGAAAGAGGAAAAUAUGUCUCCAUCUUAUUUUCUAAUGAUUUUUGUGGCCGGUGUUGCAGUUAGAAAAUGUUAUGCAGAUUCUGUCCCCACUUCAAGCAUUGUAUUAUCCCCUGGGUACAUCAAUGCAGCUAGAUCUGUCAAAGUACGCUGUGAAUCAACAGAAGGUACAGAGUGCUAUUUUUACAGAGACCAGGAUCCAACCCCAAUAAGAAAAGUGGACUACAACAGUGUUUGCCAAUUCACAUUGUUCUGGGAUGAGUUCAAAACCUGGAACAAGAGUGAAGUAGAUCUCAGCUGUGCUAUUCUACAGAAAAGAGAAGGGAAAAUGAUAACUUCAGAACGUAGUGACACUCGAAGACUUCAUGUGAGUGAUCCAAUUGGGAAACCCAGUGUUGACGUGGAGCAGAGAGGGAAGUACCUCAAUCUCAGGUGUGAGGCUCAACAUGGCACCUCAUGUUAUUUUUACCUGAACAAUGGUGACUUACACUUCAAAAAGCAACCCUACAAAGACAAUGUUUGUGUGGGGAGAGUGGCCCAAGAGGAGCUACUGACGAUGAGGAAGAGGAGCAGCCCAGGAGAGAUUUUCAUCACAUGUUCUGUGGAAAUGGUGAUAAAGGGGAAUUCUGUGACAUCACAGCACAGUGAACCCCUCAGUAUCACCGUAGAUGAUGUAAAUCCUACAGGAGCCACAGGUUCCAUAGCAGAUUUCAGUUCCAUCCCACCUGGAGAGGAGAAGGCAGUCAGUGAAGUCAUCAGCCUAACUACCCAAGAAGAAGACCCUUCCUCAAGGAUCCCCCUCUACAUCGGUCUCCGUGCCGGUCUUUAUGUUCUCAUCCUUCUGGUGGAAUCUCUCCUGUGUUUUCUCUGGUGUAGACAUGGUGAUGAACGAGGAAAUAACAGUAGGAGGAAGAGAACUCAAGUCUGCACGACGCUAUAAGGAUGUGGCCUUGCUGGGGAGUUCAAGUUGGAUAGAUCAAAUCAACUCAAAUCAAAUGUUAUUGGUCACAUACACAUGGUUAGCAGAUGUUAAUGCUUGUGCAUCUAGUUCCAUGCAGUAAUAUCUAACAAGUAAUCUAACAAUUUCACAACAACUACCUUAUACAGACAAGUGUAAAGGAAUGAAUAAGAAUAUGUAUAUAUAAAUAUAUGGAUGAGCGACGGCCGAACGGCAUAGGCAAGAUGCAGUAGAUGGUAUAUACAUAUGAGAUGAGUAAUGUAGGGUAUGUAAACAUUAUAUAAAGUGGUAUUGUUUGAA